UGGUCCGUGGCGCUGGGCAUGUUGGCUAUUUGUAAGAGUCAAGUCGGCGAAAAAAACAGAUGUCGAUAGGCAGAGAUGGAAGGUAGACGCAGAUUCAGACGGCAGUCGUAGCUGAUAUCUCAGAGCAGAGCUUCUGUCGGUCCGGAGAGAGGUGUAGCGUACGCUUGUUGAUGUGUCCACGAGAGCUGUUGGUCUGCUGAAAUGAAGCUGUCGCUUUUGCCUUUAGCCUAGAAGGUCGCCGCGCCAAGCCAACCUCGUCCUUUUCUCUUACGCUUUCGAUUUUCUACGGGAAGCUCACAAAUUCCACCUCCACAAGUGUGAAUAAAUAAAUAUUUAUUUCAUUUCAACCACGCAACACCCUCCAACACCUCUGCGCCAGGCGAGUUUACAGGAUUCAAGAUGGCGGCCACUCUAGGGAUCCAGGGCAAUAUGAAUAAUACCUUUAAAGUAGGUCGUUUCGCCUGGUCGCCUGUCUAGGUGCCUGAAUUAUACUGACCAUUUUGACUAGGAUAAGGAGAAGCCCAUGGCGGUUCGCGCUGCGAACAUCAUGGCAGCUAGAGGUACGAAUCGCUUUAAUCGCCCGGAUGAUACGCAUUUGCUGACAUUGCUAUAGCGGUUGCGGACGCCAUAAGAACGGUACGAUAGCUUCGUCCUUGAGCAUAGCGAAACGCGGGGCUAACAUAUAGCAAAAAAGUCGCUUGGGCCAAGGGGUAUGGAUAAGAUGGUACGUUAGGCAAUUUUGCACCUCCGUUGCUCAGCUAGCUGACUGAUUGUUUCUAUAGAUACAAACUGGGAAAGGCGAGACGAUAAUCGUACGUUUAUUUUUAAGAUACCAAACUGACCUACACCCCUCAUGCUGAUACUCCCCGGUUACAGACGAACGAUGGAAAUACCAUGUUGAAGGACAUGGCCGUUAUGCAUCCUGCUGCUAAGAUGCUGGUAGAUCUGAGUGCUGCGCAAGAUGUUGAGGCAGGUGACGGUACUACUUCCGUGGUAGUUAUUGCUGGAAGUCUUCUAGGUGCAGCCGAGAGACUACUCGCCAAAGGUAUGAUACGGUGCUACGUCUCCAAAAUAUACCUUCUAACGUUUGAGUGUAGGCCUACAUCCUACUGUUAUCUCUGAGUCGUUCCAGCGUGCUGCCGCAGCCGCAGUCAAGAUUCUUGAAGAUAUGUCACAGCCCAUCUCUCUAUCCGAUAGGGCCAUACUCCUCCAAGCUGCUUCGACUUCCUUGUCUUCUAAGAUUGUCUCCCAAUACUCCAGCCUGCUUUCCCCCAUGGCUGUGGACUCUGUUCUCCGAGUUAUUGACCCAAAGACUGCUGAGAAUGUGGAUCUACGCAACAUCAGAAUAGUGAAGAAGGUCGGCGGAACCAUCGAGGAUAGUGAGAUGGUUGACGGUUUGAUCCUGAAUCAACCUGUAAUGAAGAGCGCAGGCGGGCCAACCAGAGUCGAAAAGGCAAAGAUUGCUUUGAUCCAGUUCCAGCUGAGCCCUCCAAAGCCAGAUAUGGAGAAUCAGAUUGUUGUCAAUGACUAUAGACAGAUGGAUAAGAUUCUUAAGGAAGAGCGCACAUACCUGCUCAAUAUGAUCCGAAAGAUCGCCAAGACAAAAUGCAAUGUCAUCCUUAUUCAAAAGUCGAUUCUCCGUGAUGCUGUCAACGACCUCUCCCUCAAUUUCCUUUCCCGAGUUAAGAUUCUUGCCGUGAAGGAUAUCGAGCGUGAUGAAGUGGAGUUUGUAUGCAAGAGCUUAGGCUGCAAGCCCAUCGCCAACAUCGACUCUUUCACCGAAGACAAGCUUGGAACUGCCGACCUGGUAGAGGAGAUUAGUUCGUCUGGAUCCAGAUAUCUCAAGAUCACCGGCGUCCGCUCCCCAACCGCCGCCCAGACCGUCUCCAUUGUUGCCCGUGGAGCCAACAACCUGAUCCUCGACGAAGUGGAGCGUUCCCUGCACGAUGCCCUCUGCGUUGUGAGAUGCCUGGUGAAGAAGCGUGCCCUGAUUGCAGGUGGAGGAGCCCCCGAGAUCGAGAUCGCACAGGCACUCGCUAAGCAGGCCCGUCUGCUCGCUGGUACUGAAGCCAUCUGCUGGAAGGCCUUCGCCAGCGCCAUGGAAGUCAUUCCCGUCACCCUUGCCGAGAACGCAGGGUUGAACAGCAUCAAGGUCGUUACGGACCUACGUCAUCGCCACGAAAUGGGAGAGAAGAAUGCGGGCGUCAGCAUUCGAAGCGGUGGAGUCAAGGUAAACAUCGCUGACGAGCGUGUCUUACAGCCGCUGCUGGUUAGCACAAGUGCAGUUGAGCUUGCAGCCGAAACCGUCAAGCUUAUUUUACGAAUUGAUGACAUUGCUCUGUCGAGAUAAGGGGGGAGCCGGACGGGACAACAAUGGGCUUUGACCGGAGUGGUCCCGAGAUGCGUCUGGCCUGGUAUGUUACUUUGUUUUUGAUAAUAAAUAUAGUACAUGAUGAAAAGGUCUCAGCAUAGGUAAUAGAAUCAAAAAGCUGUCUUGUCUGAUUUGUCUACUUGUUUGCUCUUGUAAGAGAACUGUACAACACCAACAUAUAAUGACGCCUGACCCGUCGACCUUAGCGUAUAGGGGGUCUGUCCACAUCUAUAAACACCCGACACCCACACCACAAUGCACAUAGGGACCUCCUACAUACUCUGUCCCAAUCAAUGAGGACCAGAUCACCUUCCAGCCUCAUAAUAAUGCUCUCCAAGCGCAGGAAAAAGCAACACCUCCCCUACAUCUACCGUCUGUCUAUCUAUAAGAGCGCGCUAAACCCGUGACCCUGAUAGGAUGAAUCAUGCUGACGUAAUAUCCAACAACCGCAGCCCAGCGCUGAUUGGCUCG